AAUUACUCGCGUAACUGUUCCUUUUUUUUUUAAAGUAUCGUACAAGACGAAAGCUAGUUAAAAAAACGUUAUUAACUUGUAGGUUUUUUGUCUCAAGCGUUUUUUUAAAUAGUUGAGAAAGACGUUGAUUGCAAGAAAAAUGGGUCUUGCAUUAGGAAAACUUUUUUCAAGGUUUUUUGGUAAAAAGGAGAUGCGCAUUCUUAUGGUCGGAUUAGAUGGCGCUGGGAAAACGACCAUUUUGUAUAAGCUAAAACUUGGAGAAGUUGUAACAACAAUUCCAACCAUCGGCUUUAAUGUUGAAACAGUUGAAUACAAAAAUAUAUGUUUUACUGUGUGGGAUGUUGGUGGUCAAGAUAAAAUUCGACCUCUUUGGAGACAUUAUUUCUCUAACACGCAAGGACUUAUUUUUGUCGUUGACUCCAAUGAUAGAGAACGAAUUGAAGGAGCUCGAGAAGAACUUCAUAGAAUGUUACAAGAAGACGAAUUACGUGAUGCAAUUCUUCUUCUUUUUGCUAAUAAGCAAGAUCUUCCUAAUGCAAUGGCAGCUGGAGAAAUCACAGAAAAACUUCAUUUACAAUUAAUUCGUAAUCGAAAUUGGUUCAUCCAGUCUACAUGUGCUACAACCGGCGAUGGUCUCUAUGAAGGUUUGGACUGGUUAUCUUCCACACUUGCACGCAAAAGUUGAAACUAACAAUCUCCCGCUCCCCCCCGAAAAAUUAAGUAUAGACUAUUAAUUAUUGAUAUAUAUCAAUUAAUUUUUAUUUUAUUAAGAAAAAAAAAAUGACGUGCUCUUUUUUUUGAAUUCGAUAAAACUUACUUUUGUUGAGUAACACAAGUUGUAUUUUUUUUUUGGCUUGUGCUUAAUUUGAACAUUUGAAAAGAAA